CCAGAUCUCCCGACUGUUACUGGAAGUAACGCCUGACGAUUUUCGACAUUUUCGCCUCCGCUAGAACGUUGCAUAUGUAUUUACUUCAGUCAUGAGCCACAGGGAAUUGAUAAAGCAAUUUUUUACGUUGCAAGAAGAAAGGGUGAAGGCUUACAAAACAUUUGACAGUGGCUUUAAAGAGUACCUUGAAACUACCCCCACAUAUGAUUUCCCAUCGUAUCGACAGCUGGUACAUGAUGUAACACAGACAUUUAAUAACAUUUCUAAUGAAGUCAUUGCAGUUGAAACCAAGUUAAGGGAGAAUGGUCAGACCAGCAUUGGGGAUAUCAUCAGAAAUAUUCAACUCAAAGAAAAAGAGAAAUUAGAAAUGGUAAGUUAUCUUCAGUUGAAAGACAACUUUAGGUUCAGAAUGCAAAACCUCUCAAAGCCAAUUGGCUCAUAGCUCUCAGUGAUUAUACCUGGUUUUUGUGGCAUGAACUGGCCGGUUAAU